AUGACACAGAGGGCCGAUGCUCUAAUGGACAUGCAGAUCCUACACAGGCUUCCAAAACAAGAUACGCGACAAUAUUACAGUACGGAAUCUCGACAUAUUACGAUACAAAAAAGUCCGCGACAAAAGCUUACAACGAAUGAUGAGGCUGUGGCCUUGGCGGACGCAUCGGCCUGGCUGCAGCAGCCAGAUUGGGACACACCAUUGCCGUCCACCAUCGCUGGAAAGUGGAAGCGGCUCUGGGAAGAACUUCCACUGCUUGAGAAGCUCAGAGUCGGCCGCUGGCUCGGCACGAGCUCUCAACUCGAAUCGCUCAAAUUACACGGCUUCGCAGACGCGUCCGAAAGAGGUUACGCCGCUGGGGGCUCCAAGGCCGUUCAUCUCGAGGCUGUUUCAGCUUACACCACCGACGCUUUCCUGGCUGCUCUCCGUCGAUUCACAUCUCGCCGAGGACUGUGCACGGACAUCUACUCUGAUUGCGGCACCAAUUUUUUGGGCGCUGACCGGCAACUUCGAGAGAUGCUUCGAGCCUCCUCGGCAGAAGGACGAAAGAUCGCACACGUAGCUACAUCGGAGGGGAUCCAUUGGCAUUUCAAUCCCCCUUCGGCACCUCAUUUUGGUGGACUCUGGGAGGCGGCCGUGAAAUCGGCUAAGUAUCACCUGCGCCGAACCAUCGGCGAAACCAGGCUCACCUUCGAGGAAAAGAGCACCCUGCUCGCACAAGUGGAGGCAUGCCUGAACUCCCGGCCCAUGCAUGCCCUCUCAGACGACUCCGACGACCUCACGGCUCUGACACCAGGUCACCUGCUCAUCGGGGCACCACUGCUGGCCAUUCCUGAGCCGUCCUUGUUGGACGAGAAGGAGAAUUUGCUUUCCAGAAAAGUACUUCUGAACACUAGGAGUAUUUUGACACUACUGUACUACAGCACUACAGCACGACUGUACAUUACUGUAGUAGUGCAGAAGUGUUUAAUAAUGCUGAGUGCUAAGAUCUUCUAUAUCCGUGUUUCGGCAAGAUACAAAAUGCAAAAAACUAUCAACAAAAAAUAUCUGAUCGAGCUGAGAGUCGGAAAUCCUUACAGGGGUCUGAAAGAAGAAGAAGAAGAACCUGAAUUCUAUCAUUAUCAAAAAUGCCCGGUUGCUGUGUUAAAAAUUGCAAAAAUCACAGUGAAAGAAGCUGAAGUUUUGAAUAUCGCGCGUCAUAGAAAAUGGCGGUACUUUGUUAAUCUAGUGACUUUAUUUCUUACGGAAAACAAGUCCAUCUUGCAACGUUCCAAUCGUUUACAUAAAAUCCGCAAAAUAAUUGAUGAGUUACGAGGAGCAUUUUAUAAAUUCUUUUACCCUUACCGUAACCUGUGUAUAGAUGAAAGUCUGCUGUUGGCGAAAGGGAGACUGUCUUUCAAGCAGUUUAUUCCAUCGAAGAGGAAUAGAUUCGAGAUAAAAUCGUUUGUUCUUUGUGACUACAAGACGGGUUAUAUUCAAGACUUUAUUGUUUAUACGGGGGCUGGUAUCACUAUAGGGACCGAACAUAAGGACUAUGGUAAAUCAGAAAGUAUUGUAAUGUCUCUCCUAGAACCAUAUCUAGCUAAAGGCCACACCCUUUACGUCGAUAAUUGGUACACGAGCAUGGUCAUCAGCAUUAUAAAUUCUACCUGAAAAACAACGAAGUGGUACAAAAAAUAUUUCUUUCAUAUGAUUGACAUGUGUUUAUAGAACUCAUAUUCAAGCCAUCAUCCUAUUAGACCCGGAAAUAAUCACUCAUUAAGACUCAAUGGAAGACAUUUUCCUUCUCUUUGUGAAAGGAAAAAGAUCGCGAAGGUUGUAUGUACGAAAAACAAUAAGAGACGAGAAUCUCGUUAUCAAUGCCAAGAAUGUGAUGUUGGAUUGUGCGUGUAUCCAUGUUUCAAAAUAUAUCACACU